CUCUCGUCGCUGUUCUAACAGGCACUUCCGGUGGUGCCGAUCGCGGGCGUUUGCGGCCCGCGGGAGGCCGUUCCGGGUCGCGCUUUGCGCUCGGACGCUCGGGCGCCACGAUGGACCGGAGGAAAAAGCCCUUGGAUGUUACGGCCUCCUCGUUGGUAGAUCUUAAAGCCGAACUCUUCCGAAAACAAGAAGAAUUCAAACAAGAAAAGCUUCUGAAAGACUCUGGAGUUUUGGGAAAACCAAAAACAACUAUUAAGAAACCAAGUAUCUGGAGCAAACAGAAUGCAGGAGUUUCAAAUCGAGCUGAGAAGGAUGCAGAACAGAAGAUUGAGGAACAGAAGACUUUAGACAAAGCAAGGGAGAAAUUGGAAGAAAAAGCCAAAUUAUAUGAAAAAAUGACUAAAGGAGACUUUAUAGAUGAAGAAGUGGAAGAUAUGUACCUUGUGGAUUUCACACAGAAGAUCAUAGACAAACAUAAAGAAAUGGAGGUGUUUGGUGCCAAUAGAGAUUCUAGAAAGGCAGGAGAAAGAGACGAUGAUGAAGAAAAUCUUUCUGAAAAAGAUAUACCUCCUCCCCAGGACCCCAGUGAAGAAUGGGUGGAUUAUGUGGAUUCCUUAGGGCGAUCUCGGCGCUGUAUGAAAAAGGAUUUGCCAGAUUUGCUGGAGAUGGACAAAAAUCUUCAAGGGAGGCUUUUUGUUAGUCCUGCUAAUGAGAAAACCUUAUUAUCUGAAGAUAUGAGAAAAGAACUUCAGCGCCAGCAGUGGGAGGAAGAAGAAAGAGAGGCCUUGAAAAGGCCGAUGGGGCCCAUACAUUAUGAAGACAUUCGUGAAAAUGAGGCCCGGCAACUUGGUGUUGGAUAUUUUGCCUUUGCCCGAGAUAAGGAGUUGAGAAACAAGCAGAUGAAAACGUUAGAGAUGCUGCGUGAACAGACAACAGAUCAGAGAACAAAACGAGAGAACAUAAAGGAAAAGCGAAAGGCUAUGUUAGAAGCAAGACUUGCUAAACUCCGACAAAAAAAGAUGAAAAAGUCAAAAGAAGAUGGAGCAGAGGAAGAAAAUAAAGAUGUUAUUGGAUCUUUGCCACCAGAACCAGAGGCUGUGCCAGCUCCACGUACUGCUGCCCAGAGUAGCAAAGUAGAAGUCAUUGUUCAGGAGAGGAAGGAUACCAGGCCCGGAGUGCCCCAUGUCCGAGAGUGGGACAGAGGAAAAGAUUUUUCCUUUGGGUUCUGGUCAAAGAGGCAGUCAGAUCUCCGGGCCGAGAGAGAUCCUGAGUUUGCCCCACCAUCAGAUUACUUUGUGGGUCAAAAGAGAACUGGUUCCCUUGGUAGCCAGCCAUGGAGCAGACCUGCACCAGCACAGAGUGAGCCAGGACAGUGCUCUGGCCAGAACCAUGGCCCCAGCUCUUCGCAGACACCUUCAACUCCUGCCCCCAGCAGCCCACCACAAGCCCCUACAGUUACUUUUGAAACUCUGGAUGAUAUGAUAUCAUAUUAUAAACAAGUGACAUGAACUUCAAAAGCAUUCUGACUUGGGUCUACACUGUUGAUGGUGCCUUCCCCUUCCACAUUGAGGAAAAUACAACUUUAGAGACUGAAUUAUACCUUUCUCCUCCUGUUCUUUCCCUAGAAGAUACAGACUUCAUGUUGGAUUUGUCAUCAAGGAAGAAAGUGAAUGGUACCGUGGGAAUUCUGUAGCCACUUGACUGUUCAUUUCUUUCUAAUUGAUAGGAAGACCUAUCUGUCUGGAUUUAUGUGUGAGCUGUCAUAUAUGACCCUGCUGAGGAGCUUGUAACUGUGUUUCGCACCCACUCCCUUGGGUUCUUUAAAGGUUCCUUUCCUUUCCUUUUGCAAAUACUAACAUGCAGCUCUCUUUGUUCUAAGGAUUCAGUUUCCAUAUAAGUUGAUGGAGUAUCUGUCAGGAAGCAUGUAUGCCUGUCAGAAUGGCAAAUGAGGGGACACUAUGUGGACCAGGGUGAUCUAGUCUCCAAGAGGACCCUGAAGCUGGUAGACUAUUAAGCAAUAAUACUUAAAAUGAUGAGAAAGAUAAGGGAGGAGAACUUCAUAAUCCAGAAAGGUAGAAGAUGAAGUGACUUCUCUUGUCAUCCCAUCUUAAAUGGUGAUUGUCACCACACAUGCUUAGUGGGCAAUUCACUAAGUGUGUAGAGUGCCCAGGGCCCAUGUGGAGGCUGUCGGGCCUAGUCAGAGAGGGAGACAUGCCUUAGCUUAAGGGUGAGUUUUUCAGCUGGGCCUGCCUCUCUGCUGCACCCACUGUAGGCCCUCAUUACUCUCAGAAGCCAUGUCACCUCAGAAGUCUAACUGAAAUAGAUCUGGGCUGGAGUGAGGCAGGGAGAUCCCUUCAUCUUUACUAACAAAUGAGUUAGUGAGCAGAGCUCCAGAAGCAUUUCCUAUGCCUGAAAACAUCCCAUCAUCUGCUUGCUGCACCUAUGACUUCACAGGUCCAGAUAAGCAGGGGGAAUUGGCCCAUAGGGUUCCUAUGGCUGCCUCCCAGGCCAGUGAAUCCUGUAGGAACAUGCUAGAGCAGAUCUUCCAAGUUCCAGAAGGAGCCUGCCCUCCUGUGGGCUCUGAUCCACAUGGUCUCAGUGGUACUGAUGGGGGUGCCCUUAUAGAUUGCAAACUGGAGCCUAGUGAGGGUACUUGUCCAAGAUCAUGUGGCAUCCAAGCAGCAGUCUGGGAAUUAAAUGUAGUUUCUUUAGGCUCAUGUUUGCUCCAAAUUUGAUUUUUCCAGUGUCCUCUGCUCUCAGUCUUGUCAUUCCAGUAUCAAGUAGUACUGGAUGAAAAUCCCAAAUUCUUGCAUACUUAAUCUCUUAACUCUACGUCAAAGGCAAAGUUGCCUGUCUUAAGGGUCAUUCUGUCAGCCUGAUCAGGCAAAUACCUCUUUUUAAAAAUAUAAUCAACUGACUCAGCCACCUUUUUUGCAGAAAUUUAGGAUAAGUUGAUACUAAAAUUCAUAUGGAAUUGAAGAUACCCAGGAUAUUCAAAACAGUCUUGAAAAGGAACAGAGUUGGAGGACUCCUUCCUGAUUUCAAGACUUACUACAAAGCUAUAGGCAUCAAAGCAGUGUUGUACUGACAUAGGAUAAGCACCUAGAGCCAUGGACUAACUUUGAGAGUCCAAAAAGAAAUCCAUAUUUCUGUGGUCAGUGGAUAUUUGACAGUGGUGCCAAGGCCAUCCAAUAGGGAAAGAAUAAUUUCUUCAACAGAUCAUUUGGGGACAGCUGACUGUCCACAUGCAAAAGAAUGAAUUUGGACCCAUAACUCGGGCUAUAAACAAAGCCAACUCAAUGUCAAAAUGGAUCGAAGACCUAAACAUAGGAACUAAAGCUACAAAACCAACUGAACAGUUGUAGAAUAAAGGUAAAGGAGACAGAAAAAAAAAUUGGAAUACUAGAAAGAAAAAAUAGGAUAUUAGUUAUACCAGAAUCAUAAGAAAAAGAUGGAAGAGAAGGAAGAAAACAGACAAAUGAGAAAGAUGGAAAGAGGGUAUGUUUAUGAGGUAGGGCAGAAGGAUUUGAGAGUCUAUUUGUGGAGAAGGGAUGGGAAGGCUAGUCUAAGGCAGCAGUAAGCCCAGGCCUGUAGGACCCAGUGGUCACUGGUUAUGAGAGGGACCCCCAAAUAACCUUUUGUUGUUGGCCAGGGUGGCCCAACUUAGGAUGACGAAACAGUCUGCAUAUCUGCUCAUGGUCACUGUCAAGUCUUAGUAAGUCAGAUUUUCUCUAGGAUUUCAAGACUAUAAACAUUUCUCGUCCUCUCUUAGCAUACAGGUAGUCUAGUGUUUUGUGAGCCCAGUUACAUCCUCUUGCCUUUCAGACCCAGAGUUCAAGUGUUAAACCAUUCCGGUUUCACCAUUUCUUGCGGGCCUGUUUCAUAUGUGUGUAACCAGCAGAUGGCGUGAACAUUCUCAAGACUUUUGAAACAGCACUAUCCCAUUGAAAUAGGACAUAAGCCCUCAUUUUCGGUUUUCUGGGAACCAUAUUAAAAAAGUGAAAUUAA